CCCCUAAUAUAAGUAGCGAUACACUCCAUUUCACCAAAUCUUCACGCAAUAAUUAUCGGCCUAGCCAGAGCCAGGUCAAAAACCCUCGGUUCUUCGCCGUUCCAAUUUCGCUCUCGCUACUUAUUCGACUCCCUGCUAUCGUCGGUCCUUGUUCUUGCCGCAGGAAGUGUUAAUCUGAAUUUUAUUUGCUGCGAGUGAGGAUGUACUCCUCGCGAGGGGGCAAUGCGUUCGGGCAACAGCAGCAGCCCUAUGCUUCUCAAAGCGCAUAUACCCAGAGUUUGAUACCUGGUUAUUCUGCAAGUUCUGGCGUUGUACCGGAUGGGGCUUCACAGCACUCUAUGACUUCUCGACACUCAUCAGCUCUAGGGGCUCCUCAGGAGUCAGAUAUCACUGGAUACAGAGGUCAUCCCUCAACUGCCGUUCAUUAUGGUGGGCAGUAUAGCUCUGUGUAUGGUUCUGCUACUUUGAGCAGUGGGCAACAGGUUCCUGUAAAUGUUGCCAAAGGAGUUGGUCCAUCUGCUCUGGAAAGUCGCAGUGGUUUUGGUUCAGCUAUGCCAGAAUCACCUAGGUUCAAAUCUAGUGACUACAUGUCAGGACCAACCCAUGGGUAUGGCCACAAAAGUGAUCAGUUAUUCUCUGAUAAGAUUUCUGAUUAUCCAUCAAUUGAUAGGCGCCAAUAUACUGAGCAGGCAAGUCCUUAUGUGGGGAAGGACUUGCAGAAUAUACCUACAGCCCGAUAUGGUGAUUCCAUCAAUUUUAGUCAUAAGCAUCAGCAAGACCUGUACGAUCGCAUGGAUCAGGCAUCACUACUUCGACAAGAGCAAAUGCUGAAGGUUCAGUCACUCCAAUCUGCUUCUCUUGAUGGAGGUUCCAGACAAGCUGAUUAUCUUGCAGCAAGGGGGGCUGCCAUUCACCAUACAGCACCAGAUCGCAUGCCUUACGGUGGAGGAGUGGAGGCAGAUCCUCGCAGUUUAUCAAUGUUAAGUGGUUCAUCAUUUGGUGGACAGCAUACUCCAUCAAUUUUAGGGGCAGCACCACGGAGAAAUGCGGAGGAUCUUAUGUUUACUCAAAGUUCUUCAAAACCAAGUUAUGGAGUCAGCCUGCCUCCUGGUAGGGACUAUGCUACAGGAAAAGGGCUUCACGGUGCAUCUCUUGACUUGGACUAUCCAAGUAGCUUGUUGCCACGUGGUGGCCAUUCAAGAAUCGAUGAACAUAAAGAUGAUAGGGGUGGAUAUGCUCGUGAACUUGACCGGAGGGAAGAGGAGCGUCGUAGGGAGCUUCUCCACGAGAGAGAAAGAGACAGAGAAAGGGAGAAGGAACGAGAACGUGAACGUGAACGAGAACGAGAACGUGAACGAGAACGUGAACGUGAACGAGAACGGGAACGAGAUCGAGAACGUAUACGGGAAAGAGAGCGUGAAAGGGAACGCAUUUUGGAGCGGAGGGAGAGAGAGCGUGAGCGUGAACGUGAACGUGAACGUGGACUAAUUAAGCGUGAACGUGGUCUUGAAACUAGGCGUGAACGAACUCCGUCCAGAAUCUCUACUGACCGGGCUGAGCGGCAUGGCUCCUUAUCAGCAAAGGACGUCAGGGCCUCACGAAGAGAUUCACCACGUCAUGAAGCUCUGCAUAGGCGUCAUUCACCUGUUAAAGAAAAAAGGAGAGAAUAUAUCUGCAAGGCUUACUCUUUUAGCUUGGUGGAAGUGGAAAGGGAUUAUCUGUCACUGGAUAAACGAUAUCCCAGGCUUUUUACUUCUCCAGAAUUCUCAAAGGUGGUGGUCAACUGGCCAAGGGAGAAUUUUAAACUUUCAUUUCAUACUCCUGUCAGUUUUGAGCAUGAUUUUGUUGAAGAGAGCACUGGGAUUGAACAGAAGGAGCCACCUGCCAUAGUUUCAGCUGAUGAACCUGUCAAAUUGGAAAGUGGAAAUACCAUAUGGAAUGCAAAGAUGAUUUUGAUGAGUGGACUUAGCAAAAAUGCUUUGGAGGAGCUGUCUUCUGAAAAAAGUUAUGAUGACCGAAUACCCCAUCUGUGCAAUAUCUUGAGGUUUGCAGUUCUUAAAAAAGAUCGUUCUUUCAUGGCAAUUGGAGGCCCAUGGGACACUGUUGAUGGGCAGGAUCCAUCGGUUGAUGACUCAUCUUUGGUUCGAACUAUUCUCAGAUAUGCUAAGGAUGUGAUCCAACUUGAUUUGAGAAACUGCAAGCACUGGAAUCGUUUCCUUGAGAUACAUUAUGACAGAGUUGGGAAGGAUGGGCUGUUUAGCCAUAAGGAAGUCACUGUAUUGUAUGUUCCUGAUUUGUCAGAUUGUCUUCCUUCAAUGGAAGAAUGGAGAGACCAAUGGCUUGCUCAUAAGAAGGCUAUUGCUGAGAGAGAGCAGCAGCUUGCCCUGAGAAAAGAGAUGUCCAGAGAGAAGAAGGCUGGAACAAAAGGUAAGGAAAUUGAUUCCCCUAAAGAAGCGAAGGGGCAGGACAAAUCAGAGAAAAAAGUUGAGUCUGCAUCUUCUGGACAAGGAGCAAAUGCCAGCAAGCAGCAGAAAGAUGUCCAUGAACAGAAAGGGAAUCCAGCAGAGGAGGGGGGUGACAAUGAGAAGUCAGAGAAAAAAGAUGGGGUUAAAAGAGGAGAGGAAGGAAAAAGUGUCAACAAAAAGGAGUUGGGAGGGAGUGUGGGUGUUCAGGCUGCUGGCAGUGCCAAGACGGGGAAAAAGAAAAUUAUAAGGAAAAUUGUCAAGCAGAAGAAGGUUGCUGAUAAGAAAGAUGGUUCAGAGGACCCAAAUGACCAGAGUGGUAAGCUGGAUGAAAAGAAUGUAGGAGAGAAGAUUCCAGACUCAGAAACCACAGUUCAACAAGAUGAGUCAUCUGUUAAUGCUGCUCCUGUUAAAACUUUUGUAAGAAAGAAAGUUGUGAAAAAAGUCCCCGUGGCAAAAGCAAUUAAAAAGGAAAAUGAAGGCAUGCAGACUGAGGUGAAAGCUGAUGACAGACCUCAGUUUCCUGAAGAUAAACCAAAGGAUAAUCCAGACUCAAGCAGUACUCCCAUGGUCCAAGAUGCUGCUCCAAAAACCACUGUAAAGAAAAAAAUAAUCAAAAGGGUGCCCAAGCGAAAGCUAACUGGUGCAGAAACUAACAUUGGGGCUGCCAACAAGAAGAAAGACAAUGACACGGAUGAGAAAAAAGUAGCUGAAGUGGUUAGUGAUUCAAAUAUUUUAGGGGAUCAAUCUACAGAUGCCAAGAACAGUGUAGGUGAGGCAAAAUCAGAAAAUAAAAUUACUGCUAAGACUUCAAAAUCAGUAACCCCUGAGAACCCAGAUGAUUUAGUUAAUUCUGGUAAAACUGGAAGCAAGACUGAGAAAGUAGCUAAGAAUGAGGAGGCGGCUGAUGAGAAGAAAAGUGGUUCAACAACAAAAGUCAGUAAUGAGGCUGACAAAAGGGCAAAAUCAAAAGAAAGAGAGCAAUCAAAAGAUGAGGAGAAAAAAAACAAAGCAAAAGAGGAGUCUAGAAGCAAAACAAACAAAGAGGUGAAAGAGAAGAAACAGCCUGAAGAUCCUCCUCGGCAUCCUGGAUUGUUUCUCCAAACAAUUGGAAGCAAGGAUUCUAAAUUGCGUUCCUUGUCAUUUUCACUGGAUUCACUUUUGGAUUAUACUGACAAGGAUGUUGAAGAGUCAACUUUUGAGCUUUCGCUAUUUGCAGAAUCACUGUAUGAAAUGCUUCAGUAUCAAAUGGGUUGUCGUAUUUUGGCAUUUCUUCAGAAAUUGCGCAUAAAGUUUGUGAUGAAAAGAAAUCAACGUAAGAGACUAAGAGAAGAGAGUUCUAAAGGAGGUGAAGAGGAUCCUAAGGGACGUGAAGAGACUUCUAAGGGAGGUGAUAAAAAACCAUCAACAAAGCGUGUGAAGAUUGAUGAGGCAACCAUGGAACCCAAACCUGCUAAAACAGGAACACAUGUUGCUGCUGAUCCUGGUGAUGGCAAACCCAUUGUCAAGGAAGAUGAUACUUCUAUUGGUGGUGGCACUGCAAAUGUGAAGCUGGAAGAUACUUCUGUUGGUGAGACUGCAAAUGUGAAUCAGGAAGAUGAUUCUUCUAUUGGUGGGACUGCAAAUGUGAAGCAGGGAGAUGAUGGAAUGGAUGAUGAAGAUCCAGAGGAAGAUCCAGAGGAAGAUGAAGAAAUGCUGAAUUCAAGCCCGCAGCAUGAUAACGUGAAUGAGGAAAAUUCUGUAGAGGAGAAGGCGGAUGCAGCAGAUAACAAGCCUGAUAAGGUAAAUGAGGAUGUGAAGGUCACCGAACAGAAAUCUGCUGAGGAAACCUUGGAGAGCAAGCCUAUGUCAGGUUCCGAGGAAAAAGAAAAGGUAGAUAAGAUGGAGACAAACAAAAAAGAAAAGGCAGUCACUGUUGACAAGGAACUGUUGCAGGCAUUCAGGUUUUUUGAUCGAAAUCGGGCGGGCUAUAUCAGGGUUGAAGAUAUGAGAUUGAUUAUCCACAACUUAAGGAAGUUCCUCUCACACAGAGAUGUCAAGGAACUUGUCCAAAGUGCCCUUUUGGAGAGCAACACUGGGCGGGAUGACCAUAUCCUUUAUAAUAAGCUGGUCAGAAUGACUGACCUUUAAGUGUAUGGUUGUUAUAUCCAGUAUUUCUUUUUCUUUUUUGUGCUCAGUAGGAUGAGUCCAGUAUUUCUUUUUCAUUUGACUUGGAAGGUUCUUGUCGAUGUGUUGGGGUGGAACUUUGCAGAGCUUUAUAACUUGAUAGGAUUGAGGAAAGAACUUUUUGCUUUAGUAACAUCCUUCUUAUUAUGAUCUUAUUGGGUGGAUACAAUCAAAAGGGUUGGGUUUGAUUUGGUCCGGUCCGGUUUUGUUACUUUCUUCUUUUUGAAGAAAUUAAGGAAACAUUGAUUGGUUGUGGUUUU